GAGGAAAAGCCGGAAGGCCGCAUUCCGCUCUCCAUGGAAACGCGGCUGACCGUCUCUGGAGGUUUAGAGGGGGAGGGAGUUGGGCGAGGGGCCCAGAAGUGGAAGAAGUUUAGGGAACUAAGUUCAGCUUUUAAGAGGUCGCGGCGAUUCCAAGGAGAGUCAGUCCACAGGUCCUGGCUACCCUGGGAAGAGACAAGAAGUAAAUGAAGAAAGAGGAAGAUUCCAGGACCUAGAUAUGAUUUCUGUGGACACCCUUCACUGGUGACUGAAGUUUCUAAAUAGAAAUUUAAGGCAUAUCCAGAGGAGACAAAGACAGAGUAUCCCAGGUGCUGGCCAUUUCCCACAACAGAAGAAAAUGAUCAAUGCCCAGGAAUUGCUGACACUGGAGGAUGUUACUGUGGAGUUCACCUGGGAGGAGUGGCAGCUCCUGGGCCCUUUUCAGAAGGAUUUGUACCGGGAUGUGAUGUUGGAGAUCUACAGCAACCUGCUAUCAAUGGGUUAUCAAGUCAGCAAACCAGAUGCACUCUCCAAGUUGGAACGAGGAGAAGAACCAUGGACAAUGGAAGAUGAAAGGCACAGUCGAAUCUGUCCAGAAAACAACAAAGUUGAUGAUCAUCUGCAGGAUCACUUGGAAAAUCAAAGGAUGCUGAAGAGUGUGGAACAAUACCAUGAACAUAAUGCAUUUGGAAAUACUGCCUCUCAAACCAAAAGCCUUUGUCUUUUCAGGGAAAAUCAUGAUACAUUUGAGUUAUAUAUAAAAACUUUGAAAUCAAAUUUAAGUUUAGUCAACCAGAACAAAAGCUGUGAAAUUAACAACUCUACUAAAUUUAGUGGAGAUGGGAAAUCAUUUCUUCAUGGUAACUAUGAAGAACUUUAUUCUGCAGCUAAAUUCUCUGUAAGUACAAAAGCCAAUAGCACUAAAUCCCAAGUCAGUAAGCAUCAGAGAACUCAUGAAAUAGAAAAAAACCACAUGUGCAGUGAAUGUGGGAAAGCGUUUGUCAAGAAGUCUCAGCUCACUGAUCAUGAGAGAGUUCAUACAGGAGAAAAACCUUAUGGAUGUACUUUGUGUGCAAAAGUGUUCUCCAGAAAGUCGAGGCUAAAUGAACAUCAAAGAAUUCAUAAAAGAGAGAAAUCUUUUAUAUGCAGUGAAUGUGGAAAAGUCUUCACCAUGAAGAGCCGUCUGAUUGAACAUCAGCGAACUCAUACUGGAGAGAAACCCUACAUAUGCAAUGAAUGUGGAAAAGGCUUCCCAGGCAAGCGUAAUCUCAUUGUACAUCAGCGAAAUCAUACUGGAGAGAAAUCCUAUAUAUGUAGUGAAUGUGGAAAAGGCUUCACUGGGAAGAGCAUGCUUAUUAUACAUCAGCGAACUCAUACAGGAGAGAAGCCCUACAUCUGUAGUGAAUGUGGGAAAGGCUUCACCACAAAACACUAUGUCAUCAUACAUCAACGAAAUCAUACAGGAGAGAAACCGUAUAUAUGCAAUGAAUGUGGGAAAGGCUUCACCAUGAAGAGCCGUAUGAUCGAACAUCAACGAACUCAUACAGGAGAGAAACCCUACAUAUGCAAUGAAUGUGGAAAAGGCUUUCCCAGGAAGAGUAAUCUUAUUGUACAUCAGAGAAAUCAUACAGUAGAGAAGUCAUAUCUAUGUAGUGAAUGUGGAAAAGGUUUUACUGUGAAAAGCAUGCUCAUCAUACAUCAGCGAACUCAUACUGGAGAGAAGCCCUACACAUGCAGUGAAUGUGGGAAAGGCUUCCCCUUGAAGAGUCGGCUGAUUGUACAUCAGCGAACUCAUACUGGAGAGAAACCUUACAGGUGCAGUGAAUGUGGGAAAGGUUUCAUUGUGAAUAGCGGACUGAUGUUACAUCAGCGAACUCAUACUGGAGAGAAACCGUACAUAUGCAAUGAAUGUGGAAAAGGUUUUGCCUUUAAGAGCAAUCUUGUUGUACACCAGCGAACUCAUACUGGAGAGAAACCCUUUAUGUGCAGUGAAUGUGGAAAAGGCUUCACCAUGAAACGCUAUCUCAUUGUACAUCAGCAAAUUCAUACAGAAGAGAAAUCUUGUAUAUGUAGUGAAUGUGGAAGAGGCUUUGCCAAGGAAACUGAGCUUGCUUUACAUAAGCAAGUUCAUACUGGAGAAAAACCUUAUGGAUGUAAUGAAUGUGGUAAAGGCUUCACUAUGAAGAGCCGUCUAAUUGUUCAUCAACGAACUCAUACAGGAGAGAAACCCUUUGUAUGCAGUGAAUGUAGAAAAGCCUUCUCCUCAAAGAGAAAUCUCAUUGUACAUCAGCGAACUCAUAAUGGAAACAAACCCUAACAAUGCAAUGGACAUGUUCAUGCCUUUGGGAAGAAAAUCUGUCUUGUACAACAUCAGAGAUUUCACAGUAUAGAUUUUCUACAUGUGUACUGAGUAUGAAAAAUCAUAUUUCAAAAUCCAGUGUUAUUCACUAGGAUGAAUGCUAUCAGUGUCAGAAAGGCUUCAACAUGAAUUCAGGCUCUGAAUUCUUUGAUGUACCAAUGUAUAGAAAAUUACUUAUCUGAGAGAGAGUCUGUGGAUUGGGGGUAACCUUUCAUUUGUCAACCUUCAUUAAAACUAUGACAACGUCCACAUGACAAAUGUGUAAGGUACAUAGUCCUUUUGCAGAGAAUCUGAACUGAUUACAUACAAACAAAUUCAUGCAGAGAGAAAACCAUGUUAGUAAUGUGAACUGAUUAAACAGCAGUGUGCUCCUAGCAUACAUGCAUAUAGGCAGUGUAGAGCAGCCUGUUGCUAGAUUUUCACCCUUGGAAGACAAUGCAAUUUGCAGGAGCGAAUUUUAAUGAAUGCAGAGAAUGCACUAGUGCCUUCAGUGAUUAAUUACCUCAUAUUUUAUGUCACAAUAAACAUGUAGGAAAUAAACUUGAUACAUCCAAUGCAGAAAACUCUUGAAAAUUUUCUAAGUAACUAUGUCUUGAAAAGUAUUUACUGAGAUAAAUCUUACAAAGGAGGAGGCUAGGAAAGCCUUCUAUGGGAAGAAAGACCCUAUCUCUUCAGUGAUCAUAAUAGAUCAUCAAUGAACUUACACAUACUAGCAGCAUUAUCCUGGGAAAGCCUUUGCCCAGAAAUAAAACCUUAACAGUUGGCAGAUAUAUUUCAUACUGGAGAAAAAGUUUCAGAUGGCAGUGAAUACACUAGGAUUUCAGUGAUACAUGCUGCCUCAUCAUUACUUCAUACAGAGAUAAAACUUAUAUGAAGAGUAACUUUAAAAA